AUGACUUCAUCUUCUUCAUCUUCAACCCCUGAAACAUUGGACUUUGAUGUCUUCCUCAGGUUUAGGGGCGAAGACACCUGUAAUAGCUUUAGGGACCAUUUAUAUCACGGUUUGAAGUUGAAAGGAAUCGACACGUUUAGUGAUGAAGAGAAGCUUGAGAGAAGAAAACCCAAAGCACCAAAACUCUUGAAAGCAGUUGAACACUCCAAGUUUGCAGUCGUUGUUCUUUUCGAAGACUAUGCUUCUUCAACCUGGUGCUUGGAUGAACUUGCCCAUAUUGUUCAGUGCAUGAAAGAGGCGAGACUAGAGGUGUUUCCGGUCUUCUACCACAUUGAGGCAUCCGAGCAUAAGGAAGCUCCCGUAGCAAUGCCUUUAUCUUCUUCAUCUUCAACCCCUGAAACAUUGGACUUUGAUGUCUUCCUCAGUUUUAGGGGCAAAGACACCUGCAAUAGUUUUAUGGACCAUUUAUUACAUGGUUUGAAGCUGAAAGGAAUCAAUACAUUUAGGGAUGAAGAGAAGCUUGAGAGGGGUAAACUCGUCACACCAAAACUCCUGAAAGGAAUUGAACACUCCCAGUUUGCAGUUGCCGUUCUUUCCGAAGACUACGCUUCUUCAACUUGGUGUUUCGAUGAACUUGCCCAUUUUGUUCAGUGCAUGAAAGAGGCUAGACUAGAAGUGUUGCCGGAGGGGAUUUGA